CUCUUCAAUGGGCUGUAGAACAGCGAGUUGAGGUUAAGCCAGCUUGCUACUGCAUCGUCGCACCAAUGAGUCUACGGCUGGCCACUCGGCGGCUGGCGCUGUCAGGUAACCCCUGCGCGGUCGCUCAGCGCCGUCACAAGUGGUCCAUCAACGUCUUCAAAGGAUGGGGCAACAAUAGCUCCAAGGACUCUGGCGACAAGGGCCAAGUCCCAGUCGCCUCCGAACUCGACGACCCCAAGAAGCGACAACAGUUCCUGCAGAGGAAUAUGCGGGGAGGAGUCGAGGACAACAUCUUCCAGGAGGAGAUCGAGGCCGCAAAGCCGGCGCCCGACUCGCCCGCUGCCCAGCAGCCAACCGAGGAGCGGACCAAGGAGAGCUUGGCCAUGGUGGUCGACCCAGAUGUCCGGGCUCGGAUCCGGUGGCAGCGGAAAAAGGUCAUUCAGCUGGUGCGCCGGAACGGGGAGCUGACCAAGGAGGAGAAGAUCAAGAUGACGGAGCGAGAGCUCAUUCACAAGAGCGACUUCUUCCCCACCAGCGUCAAGAAGCUGGUCAUGCUGGCCCGGCAGGUCGCCGGCAAGCCCGUCGACGAGGCCAUCCAGCAGAUGAAGUGGUCCAAGAAGAAGUUCGCCGCCGAGGUCAAGUACCACCUGGAGGAGGCGCGGGACUUGGCCAUCGUCCAGCGCGGCAUGGGCCUCGGCAAGGUCAACGGGGAGGUUCUCGACAAGCCUCGAAAAGUACAGGACAAGGACGGCAAAUGGUUGGAGAUUGCAGACCCGACUCGCCUCUAUGUUGCGCAGUCGUGGGUCGGGCGAGGGCCCUGGCGUGGAAAGGAGAUCGACUACAAGGGCCGAGGGAGAAUGGGCGUCAUCCAGCAUCCAAGCACCAGCUUCACAGUCAUCCUCAAAGAGGAGAAAACCAGAAUCCGAGAGUACGAAGAGCUGAAAGCCAAGGAGGCACAAAAGGGCCCCUGGGUCCAUCUACCAAACCGCAAGGUGCAUGGCCAGAGGCCCUAUUACUCGUGGUAGAGACAAGGAGACGUUGGGGU